AUGAGCAGCAAAACCAUGAAACAGCGGGAAAAUCCCAGGGAUGGAUUCUCGUCGGCGAAAACGAGACCCUUAGCUGUACAGAAGGGUAAAGGCAAAGCUCAACAGCCUGUUUCGAAACGACCACGGGCAUCAUAUAGUUCAUCCAGCUCGAGCUCUGGAGACGACGAUGAAGAGGAUGACAGAGCAGCGAUGUUAGCUGCGCUGGAAGCUCGCUCGAGAGCUAUGCUGGGUCUUGGACCUCUCCAAGCUGAAAGUAGCUCACAAGGGAAGAAAAGGGCUAUAGCGUUAUCAAUCGCAUCUGAGGAAGAUGAUGAGGACGAGAGUGAGGGACAAGAAAUCUCAGACGAUGGUUGGGGAGCAGAAGAUGACUUUGUCACUGAUAGUGAAGACGAAUUUGCUCAAGGUAUACCGGAAAAGCAGGUAAUGACUCAAGUACCUGAAGUGGUGUUUGAUGGGUCGGCACUGUCAAGAACUGAUAUGGCAAUGACCAAAGCAGAAAGAAAGGCCUUCAUGAAUGGAAAUUCAGCUAAGAUCAUGGGACUUAAAUCAGAAGAUGAUUAUGCAAGACCUAACAAGAGGGUCAAAAAUGGUUCGGACGAUGUCGAAGAGCAGUCAAAUAUGAAGCUCGAUCAAACAUUACAUAAAAUGUUAUUAAGCAAUCUACUGCCAUCAACCAUAAUUGAUAAUGCCAAUAAACCAGUCGAAAAGCGAAAUUUAAUGUCAAGUAGAUUGAUGGAAUUGGCUUCAUAUGAUUUACCCGGACAAGGUAAUACUUCCCUAAGAGAAAAUCAAUUAUCUAAACACCCAGCAAAUAUCAGAGCUGGUAUUAUACAUGCUCAAGCUAAGAGAGAUCUCAAAAAGAGAGAAGAAGAAAGGGCCGCUGGUAAUAUCGAUAAGAAGUUCGGUGGUUUAUCAGAUGGAGCAUAUAAAUCAAAAUCAAGUGGAAGACCUAUACAAAGAGCUGAAAUAGGUAUGGAAACAGGAAAGAAAAAGGGUAUGCAAAGUAGAAAUAAAGAUGAAUCAGAUAGAGAUAGAGGUUUACGUUUAGGUAUAGGUAGAUUCCAAGGUGGUAUCUUAAAAUUAAGUAAAAAUGAUAUUGAAAGAGGUACUGAAUUGUCAGAGCGAAGUAGAGGUGGACGAGGAGGUAGGGGAGGCCGCGGAGGUAGAGGAGGUCGGGGAGGAAGAGGAGGUAGCGGUGGACGAGGUGGAAGAGGUGGUAGGGGCGGACGGGGUGGAAGGGGAUAA